AUGCCUGUCCCAUCUGUGGCCACCUUGGCCUCCAGAACCCCAACCAUCCCCUCCUCACCCCAUGCGCAUCGUUUCAGCGUGGGGAGAAAACACCCUGUGAAUCAUGAUCUCGUCUCCCCGCGCCUGAUACCACUCGUCCAACUCCAGAGACCUGCCGAGGAAUAUCCCAGCCAGCCCAUGGAUAUUUCCUCUGACCUAUUCAAGCAUCCUAGCAAGGAAGAGCUGGACAUCAUGUGGCAAGAGGCCACCGAGGAGAUAGCAGCUAUCCAGAAGCACCAAGUUACAGAAGUAGCAGCAGCCGCAGUGACCAGCACCAGGAAAAACUCCCUGUUCUCGAACCUUGAGCAUUACGAGGAUGAAGACCUCAACGAUGACAUCAAUGACCUCAUUCAUACGGGUCGGGCUUACUCUCGCUGCAGCGAUGACCCUUCCGAGGAUCAGUUUUGGCCGGCCGAAGAAGACUCGACAAGAUCCCGGGCCAUGCUGCGGUCGACCGCGACUACGCCUCGCUCAUCAUGCACGAGUUCUAUUGUGGAGACAAAUCUCGAGUGCCUGACGCAUGGGGUGCUUCAAAACCCUCAAUAUCAGUGCGAUGAGGAUGCAAGCGCGGCCUAUCGAGCCCACAGAACCGAGGCAUACGUGCACACUGUUUCCUCCUCCGCGUGGUGGGCCACCCCCUCUCCCUCGGACUGCUCUCUCACCGACAAGACGGACAAUCAUCGCAUGACGGAGGAGAUGCUUCAAAACCAUUAUCAAAUGGAGCUGGAAGCGGAGAGAAGGGCAACUCGUCGAGCCAUCAACAGCCGGCCACGCCCCCACACAACAUCCUCACCCACGCCAUCCAUUAGUCCCGCUCCGUCGACCCGCUUUCUCGCCGAGGAGGACUUCCUUCUCUACCUCCGGAGAAUAGAUGCCAAGCAGGACCGAAUGAUGACAGCCGCGCAGCGCAACUGGCCCAUCUGCGAGCAUCAGCAGACCCUGCUCGGCAUCCAGCAGGCCCUGCUCCAAGAACAACAGACUCUUAUUGACGACCAGAAGGCCAUGAUCGCCGACCAGCAGGCCCUACUGGCGGACCAGAAGACCUUGCUCGCCGACCAGCAGGCCCUGCUCAGCAGCCAAGAGACCACCAUUGGGGCGUUGCAGCGCCAGCAGGGCUGGAAUUCGGUCAUCAGUUCACCCAUGCUGACACCGCCACCCUCAGCAAACAGCACCUGCGCUCCAACCAGAGCCCCUACACCCUCCCCAAACUGCAACAAUCAUCGAACCCCCAGACAUCCCCGGUGUCAAGCCCUUCUCACCAACCAAGAGAUUUUUAUCAGGACCCUGGCGAACCAGCGGGAUUCGGCUCUGGUCAUCGAUCCAGGAAUGUUAGCACCGCCACCCUCGGCCAACAGCACCUGCGCUUCGACCAGAGCCCCAACACCAACAUCCGCCGACAACGAAGACGACCACCAGCAAGCCGUCCCGUCGUGGGCAUCCACGACAUGGCUGCCGUAUCGCCCCAGGGUUCGGGUUUGA